CUCAUCUUGCCGAUGUACACCUAUCGGCUACUUUUAAGAUCCAACUCUGCCUCCAGAACUGUGGUGACCAAAUCACAGAUUUUGGUGCUAAGAGGAUUGUGAGCUGACUGUCAUAAUUAGUACACAUAAUGGGCUCCCCAGUGAAGAAAACUGUAGAACUCUUCUAUGAUGUGAUAUCACCCUAUUCUUGGCUGGCCUUUGAAGUAUUAACCAGGUACAAGACAAAAUGGAAUAUGGACUUACAUCUGAAACCUUUUUUUCUUGGUGGCAUUAUGCAAGGGGCAGGUAAUAGACCACCUGGUCUGGUGCCAAACAAGAUGGCUUACAUGGACAAAGACUUGAAGAGAUUAGGAGAAUAUUUUAGGGUACCUUUAAAAGCUCCAUCGGAUCCAGCAGAUGUCAUGUUCAAUAAAGGAUCACUGGCCGCCAUGAGGUAUGUCCUGUCUGUAGACUCGUUACAGAAGGAGAAGACAGAACCAAUCAGCAGAGAGUUCUGGAUGCGGGUCUGGAGCAGGGAUGAAGACAUUACAAAGCCUGAGAGUUUUCUACAGGCAGCUGCCAAAGCUCAACUUUCUGAUGAUGUUGCAAAAACUGCAUUAGAAAAAAUGACCACAGAUGAAAUUAAAAACAAGCUAAAGGCAAAUACACAAGAAGCUCUCGACAUGGGGACUUUUGGAGCUCCCACCAUCAUAUUGCACAAAGAUGGAGAGAAACAUCUUUUCUUUGGAUGGGAUAGGUUUGAAUUAAUGGCACACAUAAUGGGAGAAAAAUGGGAAGGUCCUCUUCCAGAACUCAGUAAGAUGUAAAUUAAUUGUGAGGAUUUGAAAAACAAAGAAGCCAGGAGCAGUGCCCUACAAGGGCAAAAGUGAUUUUACAGUAUAAAUGUUUUUGUUGACACUUUAAAGUAUUGUAUUUUUAAUAUUGACUGUCUCUGUAAGAAAAUUCAGUAUGCUGUAUACUUAAUCACGAUACGUUCCCAAUCACGAUGUGUAAUUUCAUUGUAAUAUGCACAACACCAUUUUACAGAUGAAGAUUUCUAUUUUUAUAAUUUUAUGAUGAGUAUAUGUUCAAGUUCUGAUAGCAUAAAAAUAAUCACUUUUUAACACCUUUUCAGCGUAUUUCUAUCUUUUAUUAUUCAUCAAUAACAAUACAUGUAAAAAUGAGUAAGAGAUGCUGCACAUGAUAAAAAAUAGACCCUGAAGUUCUUCAGUGGUUGUUUACAAAAUACUGGACUGACAUCAAGUGUUUAUUAAAUUGAAUUUGCUUCUCA